AUUUAGGGCAUCGGCAUAAUGUGAGCACUGGUACACAGAGACUGGUAUAUUUUUUAAACCAAGAAAUUUUCAACUAAAAUGAACGGUAUAAUAGAAUCCCCCUUCUUUAAAGUAUUUGCGACAACUAACAGCCUUUUGCUUGGCGCUGGGGCUUUGUAUUUGGUCAGUUUUGGACGUGAAUCCAGCUUACAAACCACAGAUCAUGAGGCAAUGUUUGGUGAAGCAAAAUUUCAAGUGUCCACUGGUAGAAAACAUGGAUGUUUAGAUGAAAGACACAAAUAUACUGAAAAUCACGGUAAUUUUUGACCAAAUUAAGCUAUUUGAUAUUUUGAUUUGGUAGUUUAAACAGUUUCUUAAAUAGAUUUUCUGGGGGGUUAAAUUAUUAUGUGCCCUCCCCCAAUCCUCCCCCACUUACUGAGCUUCAACACCCAUCCCACUCACAGAAUGGUUGUGUUGAGAAAAGCUUAUCAAUAUUUCCUUGAUUUUUGGAACUUCCAACAUAACUGUGGUGGUUGUAUAAGGUUGCACCCCCCCUUCUCAUAUCAGCCUGCCUGGUUUUGCUCUGUGUGUGAUGUGGGUGUGCUGGAAAUGUUUUGGAGAACCUUCAAACCACUGGUAGGUUGCAGUAAGCAUUGCAAGCCAGCAGAUGGUGGUCAAUUUCAGAAUUGUUCACUAAACUUUCAGAAACAAAGAUUAUUAAACUACAUCUCUCCAUUCUAUUUAUUUUCCACCAAGUACACGACUACUCCAUCGAAUGAAAAGAAUUAACAUCAUUUUCUCACUCUGACUGGUUGACCACCAUUUGUGAAACCUAGUAACCCGUUAAGUGCUGUCCGCUUGACCAAUAAAAUCAUCCAGCAUUAGACAGAGUAAAAUAAUAAAGUAGGGCACAUCAGGACACAAUGUGACUCAUUUGGUUAAUCCUAACAAAGUACAUGGGAAUUUAGGUCUUGAAGAAUUUGCCCAACACUUGGAGGAAUGGAACAAGAGCCUGUCUGAAUUAGAAAUUUUUUUGGCAAACAAUGUCUCUCGAACCAGGAAUAAAGAUAAAGCUGAAGGCCUGGACGAGGUUGAUGCAAUGGACGUUGCUGGUUUGCAUAAUUCUGGAUUGAUUUUUGAAAAAGUUGAUAGGACGUUAAAUAAUGUCGUCAGCAAAAUAGAUCAGUUAAGGUUAGAGAGCUAUAAAGCAAUACAACAGUUUUGUCAAUUGAAGGUUUCUGAUAGGUUCAGUAAGCAUUAUGGGACAGACAAUUUUGGUCAACUUCAGUUAAUGUUGAAAUGGGGCAAUUAAUUAUGUAAACUGCAUAUCUAAAUUCUAUUUAUUUUCUGCCAAAUACAAGACAACUACAUGUACUGAAUGAAGAGAAUUAGCAUUAUUUUCCCACUCUGAUAGUCAGGGACGAAGGAAAGGGGGGGGGGGUGCAGGGGGCAUCACCCCCUUGCCCUUUAGUAAGGGGGGGGGGGCGAAAGUGCCCUUAUAGAUAAAAAAUUCUAACCCAAAAAAUAUGAGGUACAACGACUAAAAAGUAUGAAUUACGCGUGAAAUGUACGUAAUAUUGAAAUAUACGUGAAAUUUUCUGGAAUAUUGUGUCAAAAAUUGUGUUUUCAAAAUUUUUUGCCCUUGUUUUGGUGAAUUAAGGUCUGGGAAAAAAUUUUCGGAAACGAAAUAUUAAUUAGUGAUCGCCCUUACGUCAACAUUGCCCCCCUGUGCCCUACCCUCGCUCCGGCGUCCCUGCUGAUAGUUCAGGUUGAUGACCAUCUGCUUUACAAUAGUGCUUAGUGAAAAUGAUAUUUUUUCAAGUAUGGUAUUAUAUCAGCUUGAUAUGGUUACAGUAUAACAUGAUUGAACUAGGUAUCUUUGCAUCUUAAAACCUUGAUAGACAAAUGUUAAAGACCAAACACAGCCAUAGUGAUUUCUCUUUUGAUGAGCUGUCAUUGUUAAGAGAAGAUGAUUCCGACACCGACUCGUUCCUGUCUGCCGAGGGUGAUGUGGAGGUAGGGUGAUAACACCUUAACAAUAAGCUGAGUAAUGCUUUUACCUCCUGAGCCUGGUACAUGAUUCCCUUCCCCUUGACACACAUCCAAAAAUGUACGAUCAAAUAAUUGCAGGUGCUUACUCAAUUUUUGAGGUAACCAAUGCCACAAGAUUCUCCACUGUACUCACAGUAUUUGGAGAAGGAAUGUGCCCUAAAUAGUCUUUCCAAUCUUGAAAAGUGGGCAAGUGUGCUUUUCCCAGCACGUUUUAGAGAGCUGCCAUCCUUGACAGGGCAUUCCAGAAAAGAUCCACACUCCACCGAUGCAUGAAAUUUAUGAAAAUCAAUUAACUUUAUUUCAUGAGGGUAGCACCAAACAGUAUAUCAACUGACAAGCAAGUGGUCCACUUACUAAUAUAGAAUUACAAUGUAGAUACACAGAUCUAUAUACAAUAGAGAUUAACAGACAUAUAAUGUACCAGAAAACUGUGGAUUGAAUGAAUUUGACGACCCGAAAAAUACACGUAAAACUUUGACGUUUCGUCAGGGUGUUAGCUAGCCCAUAUACUGUCCGUUUGACGGACUCUUCCCAAUUGAAGUAGCUAAGGGGCUUUCCCAACUGGGUCUACUGGAGGAUUAUAUUUUUUUCUGAUGAGAAAGUGCAUUGCGUUUGAUUUUAUAUUAUUAUAUCAAAGAACGUUUUGUUUACUUUUCCCCAUUAACUAUUUUCUCAAAAUGUAUCGCGUUUCAUUCAUAUUGGGUGUGUAUUCAUUGAAAUGAAAUGUACAAAACAAAGUGUAAUCGGUGUGCAUCCGUGUUUUUCAGUGUUAAUUCACCGGAAAUGAAAUGUACAAAACCAAGCUACCGUUGUUUGCAUCUAAGGAGAAACACGUUGGAAAAAAACACUAUUUAUUCCCACACAAGGACUUUGAUCGGUCAAAAAAACUUUCCCAAUUUACGUUUAACGGACAAAACUUUUUUUUCUGGCUCACACCCUGUUCGUGUGAAGGCCCUUCGUCAAAUCACUCUCAAUCUGCAACAUUCUGGUGUUAUUGUUACUAUCUAUGGUGGUGGCACAACCGUACGUGUAUAAUGUACCAGGUUGUCACAAGAGGAGGGGGGGGGGGGGGACAACUUCCAAUUUCCCAUGAAGGAGGUGUGUAUGUUUUCUGGCAUGACCCAAUUUGUGCUGCAAAUGUUUAGGAUGAAGUGAAUCAAAGUGUCUCAAAAAUUGACCAUGCACAACAGAAGGCUUUCCAUGUCGCUGGUAUUCACAGGUGACAAUGCGCUCGGUGCAUUAUUUCUGUAUGUUUAUGCCAAGAAGAUUUACACACCACAUUUAUUAUUUGUUCUUAUUUGUUUUAGAGAUAAACCAUUUUAUUUAAUGGCAUUAGAACAUUAUUUUAAACAUGGAAUAAAAUGUCGUAAGAAAAGGUACUGGUUAAUAUCUGUUGAGGAAAUUUCUGAUUUCUUGCACUGCCAAAACUCAGCUCGUCAAUCUUCACUAUUGUAAGCCUCGUUUACACUAACAAAGUUUCUGUGAUCGCAGUAGGAAUUUUGCAUAAGUAAAUUCUAAGUUUUGAAGGAUUGUCAGUUCCCUCAAACAUUUCUUACAAAUCCUUCAAAACUUAGAAUUUACCGAUGCGAACUUCGUACUGUGAUCACAGAAACUUUGAUAAUGUAAACCGGAAGAGAUUAUUUCGCUGGCCUCAGAGUGACAAAACGUAACAAAGCAACGGUUUUACUAACACUAACCCUAUUCCAAACAUCAACUCUAACCAUAAUCCUAACCUAACCCUACUCCAAGUUUGUUUCUAAACCAAUCUUGAAGAAAAAAAUUUUGACGAAAUGUCAUUCUGAGGUCAGCGAAAUAACUUUUUCCGUGUAAACCAGCGUGUAAAGUAGUAAUUGUAUCUGUUUAAACUAUGCAUGUGUAAAAUGAAAAUUUAUGUUUAUUCUCAGAGCUAAAUUGGUGGGUUGUUCCAGUGAAGUUGAAUUUCUGGCCAAAGUUCAUUGCAUCCGAGAAGCGUGUAAGGUAGAAAUGUGGAAGAAUUCUUUGUAUACAUACCAACAAACACGUAGUUCAGGCGGAUAAUGUAGGUGUUGUUCAUUUAAUUCUAUUUUCUUUUGAAUUGGUGAUGGAAAUAAAUAAAUCUUUUUGCAGAUGGCUUUUGCUAAGGAAGAUGUUCAAACGAAGUUUGAAAGAAACGCAACCGAAUUGCUUCGAUUCUUAAUUACAACUGCAGGAAAGGUAUUAAUAUUAAAGGUCAUGGUUUUGCAGUUUUCCUUGUUUUAUCAAAUUCAACUUUGUUUUCCAUCUUAUUAGGACCAUCAUGAAUGCGAGAAAAGAUGGAAAGCUUUGCUUGAAUUUUGCAAGAAACCUGAAAAUUUUAAAAUCUUCGAAAGAGAGUUGAUUAAAAAAGGAGUAUGUUAUUUCUGCUAUAUUCUUGCACGGGAGUUUUACAGCUGUAAUUAGUCGUGGUAGUAUUUCAUGGAUAUUGUAAAAUAAUGUGUUUUAUAAUACAUGCUUCCAGAAAGUACCGGUCACCUUGGCUAUAGAGCCUCGUUUUCGUGGUUGAGAAGUUGAGCUUUAACUAAUGUCAUAUCCUCAAAAACCAGGUUUUAGCCAAGGUGAUGUACUUUCCAAAAGGGUGUAUUGUACAUUACUGAUAAUGGAAGUAUGAAGGUUCAAUAUAUUCGUUCAUGUAGGUACCAUACAUCACCUUCUACGACCUAGUUCUUGACUUUGUGGUUAUGGACGCAUUUGUUGACUUAGAGAAUCCACCGUACUCCAUACAGGCCGCUGUACAGAACGCAUGGCUACCUACUUAUAUUCAACAAACGGUGAGAGAACGAGUUAGUAAUGGGUGACUCCUGCUAUAGACUAAAUUUUGAUCUAGGCAAGAAGAACGAAAUCCAACACGACAGCUAGAAAGAACGUCUUAGAAUGAGUAAAACUGCAACGUUUGGUUGCUAAAUGUUGUAAAAUGAAGAAAAUAUAGCCCUGUGAAGUUCGCAAAUUUUGUAUAUAUUUGUAUUACGCGCGGUAAAAAUAACAACUUUCAGCUCAAAAAUGGUUAUUUUUCCUGCGCGUAAUGCAAAUAAACAAAAUUUGCGAACUUCACAGGGCUAUAUUUCCCUCAUUUUACAACAAUUCGCAACCUAACUUUGCCAUUUUACUCAUUUUAAGAUGCUCUUUCCAGCUAUGGUAAUCUUCUUCUUGUCUAGAUAAAAAUUUCGUCUAUAUAGCUGGAGUCAUCCAUUGUUAAAACACAUGUAAUAAGCACCAUGUCCCCAAUCAUUCUCGUACCCAGAGCUCUUCGAAUACGAGGAUGGUCCCCAACAACUUCUCUUUCUAUGUUAUUGAUCUUGUAGGGUUUAGAAACGGCAGUCUGGGGUGUUUUAAAAGCUAAAAUGCAAAUGUUAGAGGAACCAGCGGGCUUUUUGAUGCAUUUCUAUCAUCUUUCUGAAAUACUCACUCCAGUUUUGGCUUGGGGAUUUUUGGGAUCAGACGAAGCAUUGAAAAAAGCUUGUUCCGUUUUCAAGG